GUCAAUUGUCAGUGUCAUUUCAUUUUUUAAGGUUAUAAAAAUACAAAUAUAAGUAAAAAAGAUUAGAACAAGUCUUCAAUUAAUAUACAUAUAAUUAUUAGUAAUUGAUAUUUUUUAGUAUACAUAAAACAUUUGAAGUAUGUCAUCUAUUAAAAAAGCUUUGUUGCAGAGUCCUGUGCCAUUUUUAGUCGCUAAACGAUUUCGUGGUAAAAUAAAUGUACAAAAACCUCGUAAGCCGCAUUUUGAAAAGCAACUUUUGCUUGAUAUAUCGAAACCUUUUUAUGGUCCACCCAAAAAUUCGUUACCUGAUAUUGAACUGUGUACAAAUAAGAGUCCAAGAUUUGCCAAAAGGGAAAUCGAUAAUCCGUUUGAAAGAAUUUUAGCUAAAGAAUGCUUGGAUUGGUUUAACACAUCUAAGAUGGUUGUCUUUUUACACGUUAAUUCAAUAAGCAUGGAAGAUAAAACACCGAUUUUUGCAGCAUUGAAAAAGAAUGAUAUGCAUUUAAGAACUUAUGGUAAAAAAAUUGUCAGCAUGGCCACCAAAGGAACUCGUUAUGAUGUUGUUAAUCAAUUGUUUACCUCUCAUCAAAAUGUUAUAUUUGGUCAACCUGAAAAUGCAGCAAAAAUGUUUAAAAUACUUCGGAAGACUCCUCAAUUAGUUGUUAUGGGUGGUAUUAUCCAAGAUAAGUUAUUAUCAAAGAAUGAUUUGGUGGAAUACAGUAAAUUGCCUAGCUUGGAUGUAGUAAGGAGUCAGCUUUGCUCAGUAUUGCAAAGUGCAGGAUCAUGUCUGGUAGGACAACUCAAUCAGAAUCAACAGAUGCUUGUAUCUCAUCUCGAGAAACACAUAGAAAUACAGAAUAAGCCCACAGACAAUGCAAACACAAGUACAGAGAGUGAAUCUUAAAAUUAUGAUAGUAAUAUUUUACUCUUUGUAUGAAUUCAACAAAAUAAAUAUAAUAUAAUGUAGUUGAUAAAAAUAAAAUGAUUUCG